GGACCACGGGUGGGGCUCUGGUGAAAUUGUGACAGCCAUAGUGAGGGCACCCCUGCUUGCUUCCCAAGUGGGUGCAGAGACUGAGUGAGCUGCUGGUUCUUCUCAUGUUUGAGACCUUGUUUGACAACCAUCAGCUCAAGAAGACACACAGACUUCUGACUUUCACCAGGCAUCACACCUUGUGUCCAUUAUUGCGAGAUCCUAAGCAGUGGACAUCGCUUUGCCUCCAUCAAAGGCCAAGAGUGCUCCUGUGUUGCCUCAAACAAGUCUUCCCAAGAAGAGGCCCAGUUUUGUUUCCGUACUGAUCCAUCAAGCAAUCUAGAAGAUGACUGACAUGGAGCUCUUCAACUCCACCUCCUCGCCCUCUCCUUGGACGGCCCUCCCCACGUCUGUCCCAGACCCCCGACUUGCUUCGGCCCAUCGCCCAGAACUCUGUUACCCAACGACGGACACAAACCACGUCAACAUCAUCCUGUACCAUUACAACUUCACAGGGAGGAUGCAGAAUCGCCGUCCCCAGGAAGACCAGAUGAGCGUCCUGAAGAUGGUCAUUAUUGCUGCCAGCUGCCUCAUCAUCCUGGAGAACCUGGUGGUGCUGCUGGCCAUCAUCCGCAAAGUGCGCACCCGCCGGUGGGUCUACUCUUGCCUGGCCAGCAUCACCCUCAGCGACCUCUUAGCCGGCACGGCCUACUUGAUCAACCUCUGGUUGUCGGGGAGCCGGACCUUCCAGCUGUCGCCCACCAUGUGGUUCCUCCGCGAGGGGGUCCUCUUUGUUGCCCUGGCGGCCUCCACCUUCAGCCUGCUGGUGACAGCCGUGGAGCGCUACAGCGCCAUGGUGAAGCCCAUCGCCGAGAAGGCGUCCAGCAAGACCACCCGCCUGAGGGCCCUCUUCGCCUUCUGCUGGAGCCUGGCCAUCCUCAUUGGCCUCCUCCCCUUGCUGGGCUGGAACUGCAUCUGCCACGUCUCCCGCUGCUCCACGCUCCUGCCCCUCUACGACAAGAACUACAUCCUCUUCACUGUGAUCGUCUUCAGCAUCAUCCUGGUGGGCGUCGUGGGCCUCUACGCCUCCAUCUACUGCUGGGUCCAGAAAAGCGCCCAGCAGACCUUCUCUCGGGGCAGCCGGAAGAGGUCUCUGCGGCUGCUGAAGACGGUGCUGGUCAUCCUCUGCACCUUCCUCAUCUGCUGGACGCCUCUCUUCAUCCUCCUCCUGAUAGAUACCUUUUGGGGGAACACAGCCUGGGCUCCCCCUAAGCUCUUUGGCUGGAUCUUGACCUUGGCCGUGACCAACUCAUUCAUCAAUCCCAUCGUCUACGCCUUGGGGAGCAAGGAGGUGAGGAGGGCUGUCGUGGAGCUUCUCUGCUGCUGCUGCAUCUGGGCCGGGGUGCGCGGCCCCCGAAACUGCCUCGUGGCCAGCGAUAUCCAUGCCAGCUCUUCCACAGGCUCCUUGAGAGGGCGUGGCAGCUUCCGUAGCCCAGUAGCCUUCAGCAGGAGAGCCAGAGAACCUCUCUCCAGCAAUUCAAGUGUGCUGAGCAAUGACACUUCAGGGCUGCACCACACCCAGGACUAG